CCUCAGGACAGGCGCCACCACCGGGAAGGCCCUCUGCCUGGUUCCCUGCAACUUGGCUUCUCGCAACGAGGGAACCACCAGAAGGCCCUUGGCACUGGACCUCAGUGUCCGGGCAGAACGAUGGGGGUGGAGACGCUCCUUCAGGUAUACUGGACCAAGACCAUUUAGGGCCAUUUAGGAAUAGGAAAUUCUGACCAGCAGAUAUUUAACAGAGGUGGAAACCAGCCCAUCUGCAAGCAGGCUAAUUUCCUGGACCCAUUUGUAUUUUUUUUCACACACUCGUUGCUUGUGGUUUGUCUCCAUUGUCAUGUGAGUCGCGCGAUGACCUCUGUACGUGUGAGGCAGCUGUUUGGAGAAGUAGAAGUGCUUGUCAGCUUUGGGCUGUGGAAGGAAGUUUGCCAAGAGGCGCGUCUUUCUAUUAACCAGCAGAUAUCUUGAACUGUGGGACUUACAUGCAUGUAGUAUAUGCUUAUUUUCUCAGCAACUUUUUCUUGGGCUGUUUUGCCUUUUGCUGUUUGCAUUCCAGCAACACGAGAUCUGGCCUGCGGUGGAGUAUGGAGCCGGAUUCUGAGAGCAGAGAUUGCCUUGCGGUCGGAACUUCCAAUAAACCCGAAGAGGGAAAAGUAGAGGAUACUGAGAGUGGCAUCAGUUGCACCCUAGAAGGAGAUGGGCCUCCUUUCAGGGAAAAUGUGGAUCUGAAACCUGGCAGGGAAACCCCCAAGAAACAACUCUGUGGCUAUUUAAAUAAAUUUUCUGCAAAAGCCCCAAUCAAGACCUGGAAGUCGCGUUGGUUCUUCUACGAUGAAAACAAAUGCCACUUACUUUACUACAGGACAGCACAGGACAUUAACCCUUUGGGGAGCAUAGAGCUAUCCAGCGCUAGCUUUGAUCUUAAGGUGGGAGCAGAAGAGGGCGUUUUUGAAAUCAGGACCCCCAGCAAAACAUUUAUCCUUCAGGCUGUCGACAAACAGACCAUGAUAUACUGGUUGCAGCAGUUGCAGAUAAAACGCUGGGAGUUCUAUAGUAACCAGACUAGAAGUUCUGCAGAAGAUGACACAGAUUUCCCCUGUGUGAAUGAUGCCACGCUUAACAAUACAGAGGCAGAACAUGAGUUUUUGCCCCCUGUGAAAACCCCCACGGAUGUCGUUGGCCUGAAGGCAGCCUCUCUCCCAGCACCUCUACAGCCUUCUCACGCUCUUCAGAACAUCUCCCUCAAGCAUCCUUGGAUUGAAAUACAGAACACAGUGCAUAAUCUCUGUGGUAGCUGGCAGAGCCGGAGGGACAAUGGUGGCAUGCCUUGUUUUGAGGGAAUCCAAGACGACCUUGAAAACACAGCCGAUGAAGAGCAUGCAGAAACCCAAGCAGAAGACGCAGGCGCAACAGAGACGCAGAAGGAUACAAAGUCAAGGUUAAAGCCACCUUCGGUUAGGAAAGACAAAAAGGAAAGCAGGAGUCUCCCUUGCUUUGCUGAAGGGACAAGAGAUGGGAGAACAGCUUCUCUCCAGCACCAAAUUUUGGUCCUUGAAGAGGAUGUCAAAUCUCAGAAGGAACUGGUUAAGCUUCUCCACAAAGCCCUGGAAGCAGCCCAGCAUGAGAAGCGAGAGUCCUGCAGGUACCUGGUCACGGCAAAGGAGGAGGAUAGACUGGAGCUGGUGCGGCACAAAGUGAGGCAGAUUGCCGAGCUGAAUAAACAGGUUGAAGUGCUGGAGAUGGAGAAGAAGGAGCUGGAGCAGGGCCUGGCUUUGAAGGACGAGCACAUCGGGGAGCUGAAGGCCCACGUGCAGCUCCUGAUGGACAAAAACCAGGCCAAGCAACAAGUCAUCCUGAAGCUGACGGAGCAACUCGCCAGAGACAUGCCUGACUCGGUUCGGGAGGCAGACCCCAUUCCCAUGGAGACCUUGUACAAGCAGCAGGAAGAGAUUGAACAUUUGAAGGAUGACUUAGAAGCGUACAAGAUUCAGAACCAAUUUCUGAACUGCGAAAUCCACCAGGUGACUAAAAUCUGGAGCGCGGUAGCACAGAAAGAGAAAACCCUACUGAUGAAGUGUGCCCGUCUGCAAGCCCACAACUGCCAGAUUGAGAGCAAGUAUCUGAUGAUUCUGCGGAAGCUGCAAGGCCUACCGGACUUUGCCAGUGAACAUGUGGAAAUGUUGAAGGGCCUCAUCCAGGAAGCACUUCAAUGGGGUGUGAAGGAGGAAGCCAUGAUCCCUGUACAUCUGAGCCCAAUCAACCAGUAUGAUGACUAUGGGUUUAUGACGAUUCCUGAGUACGAAGCUGCAGACUGGAAGCUUCUGGCAAAAAUCCAGGCUCUGGAGAUCAAAUCCAGUAAUCUCCUGAACCAGGAUGCCAUGGAGAGAACUCUCUCUGACCGGUGGAAUAAUCUUGGGGAACUAACUCCCUCCUCAGAGCUAAAGAGCUUGCUGCGCUGUGGCGUCCCAAUAGACCACCGCCAACGAGUGUGGAGAUGGAUUGUGAGCAGGCGGGUACAGCACAUUCGCUCUCCUGGCCAUUACCAAAGCUUGCUCAAGAAGUGUGAAGUUGCUGAGCACCCAGCUUCCCGCCAGAUUGAACUGGAUCUGCCUCGCACGCUCACCAACAAUAGGCACUUCAGUUCACCUGCCUCCCAGUAUCUUCCCAAACUCCGAAGGAUUUUGCUUGCGUUCUCGCUGCAAAAUCCCACCAUUGGCUAUUGCCAGGGACUGAACAGAUUGGCAGCCAUUGCACUACUGGUUCUAGAGGAAGAAGAAAACGCUUUCUGGUGCCUAGUUCAUAUCACUGAAAACCUAAUGCCUCCAGAUUACUACAGCAACACACUAAUUGGCUCUCAAGUGGAUCAAAGAGUCUUUAAAGAUUUCUUGUCAGAGAAGCUUCCCAGGCUGACGGCUCAUCUGGAGCAGCACCGAAUCGACUUGGGCCUGGUGACCUUCAAUUGGUUCUUGGUUGUAUUUGUAGACAGUCUUGUUAGCGAUAUCCUCUUCAGGGUAUGGGAUGCCUUUCUCUACGAAGGUACUAAGGUGAUAUUCCGUUACGCUCUGGCAAUAUUUAAAUACAACGAAGAAGCGAUACUGAGGAUCCAGGACAGCCUGGAAAUUUACCAGUACAUGCGUUUUUUUACCAAAACCAUCUGUGAUGGCAGGAAGCUGAUGAACAUCGCCUUCAGUGACAUGAACCCGUUUCCCAUGAAAGUUUUACAAAAUCGGCGCCGAGUGUACAGGUUAAAACUGGAGUCUGAGAUGAGAGAACUGGAGCAGAUAAAAGUCGAGUACAUGAAGGAACAGGCAGAACAUGCUGCCAGCAACUCAAAUGGAGCUGUGAGUGAGGAUGAAGAAGAUAUGUAACUCCAGUUUCCUCCUCACAGCUGGCCUUCAAACAUAAAUUUUCACUACUUUAGAAACAAAAAAGUGUUAACACUAGCUAUCCAUGAGCAAUGAGCAAAGAUGCACUGAAUUGUCUUCAAGUGAACUGGGGAAAAAAGAAGCCUUGUUUCUCACUAAGGACUUUUCUUGACGUAGUGUGUAGUGUACAAUAUUUCCAAGAAGUCACCGCACCAUAAAAUCUCUACUGUCUGCUUCCCUUUUUGGAUAACAUCAGGUAUUGUAGAUCUCAAUUUAGAGGUCUUUCCCCACUCCCCAACCCACAAUCCAUCAUUCUGGGCCUAUGUGGUUUCUGUACUCACGGAUACAAAUUAAAUACCUGAGACAACAGGCUAGUGAAGCACCAGCACUUAACUAUCUUCUGGUCUCCCCAUGAGGACCACUAAUGUACCUGUGCAUACAUACACACACUCAGAAAAAUGUCCCUGGCUGGAUGUGCUAAUCAGUGGAUCUGGAGUUGAUUUCCAUAUACCGUACAUUUCACACACUAAACUCUAUGUGAAAUUCUUUUCCUUCUGCUUUUCUGGUUUGGAAGGAAUCGCCGAUGUGGUACAUACAUGCACGCACACAGGAACUACCAAUAAUUACUUGCUGGACAGGAUUCCUGAUCAGCCCACUUAGAGGGGAUAUUCUCAUGUUUGCUUAGCACCCUGUCCAUGAGUUUUUUGAUAUUUCACAUCUUCACCCCGGCCCCCAAAUGCAUGUACUUAGUGUGGCUCUACAUUAGGUGCUCACCAAUAAAAGUCAAUUUACAAUAAAUCUUUGUAGGAGUGCCACACCGGGGGGGAAAUAUGCCAAGAAGUGGAAUUCCUUGUGUUGAAGCAAACAGUGAAACUUGAAUGUGUACAGACUAUUUCUUUGCAGGCUAGUAAAAGGUAUGGGACCCAGGUGGCGCUGUGGGUUAAACCACUGAGCCUAGGGCUUGCUGAUCAGAAGGUCGGCGGUUCGAAUCCCUGUGACGGGGUGAGCUCCCGUUGCUUGGUCCCAGCUCCUGCCAACCUAGCAGUUCGAAAGCACGUCAAAAUGCAAGUAGGUAAAUAGGAACUGCUACAGCGGGAAGGUAAACGGCGUUUCCAUGUGCUGCUCUGGUUUGCCAGAAGCGGCUUUGUCAUGCUGGCCACAUGACCUGGAAGCUGUACGCCGGCUCCCUCGGCCAAUAAUGCGAGAUGAGCGCGCAACCCCAGAGUCGGUCACGACUGGACCUAAUGGUCAGGGGUCCCCUUUACCUUUACCUUUAAAAGGUAGAUUAAGCAUUCCAGGAAAGGGCAUUCUCUUGACAUUUUGCAAAAAAUUAUCUUGCUGGUCUCAGGAUUCUAACUGUUUUGAUAGAUGGGGCAGGUCAAUCUGCUAUUCAUUCCCCUACUGGGACUGUUUGUGCGUCCAGCUUUACAGCGAUUUUUGAAGGGUAGUCAGAGGGCAGUCGUCUGCUUGAAAGUGUCGUCAUUAUGAGGGCUGUCCAGUCCAAAGCAUACAUUUAAAGGAAAACACACACACCCCAAAAAAAGAAUCCUGGAAAUUGUAGUUUACCUCUCACAGAGCUAAAUUUUAUGGGGCCCUUGACAAACUACAAUUCCUAGGAUUCUUUGGGGAGAAUGUGUUUUAAAUGUUUGAACACCUCUCACAUUCUCUUAGAAUGGCAAUGGUGCCCACCUGAGAGGUGCCGAAACUGAGUUUCGGUGACUUUUGGUUGGGGAAAAAAGCCCUGGUUAUGUCCCUCAUUUACUUAUUCCUUUCAAAUACAUGGUGCAUGCAUUUGCUCUUCCCCUGCCCCAUUUUGAAUGCACUGACUUUAUGUAUUUAUUGUUUAUGUGUUUCCUUUUGACGCCAAAUGGGAUUCCAUGCCAAUUGCCAGUGUUUCAUGGGGACCUAGGCCUUUUGAAAGAUCCAGGGUUCACAAAUAGCUUUUAUCUGGUGCAUUUCCCAGGCAAUCCUGCCUGGGAAGCUGGUCAUAUGCAGUUCCAAAUUGGCAGGUUGCUAGUUGAAACCAAGUUUCAAGGACCACAUCUCUCCACAUGAACCUACUUGGACCCUGAUAUCAUCAUCUGAGGCCCUUCUUCAUGUGCCUCCUCCGCAAGAGGUCUGGAGGGUGGCAACAUGAGAACGGGCCUUUUCUGCAGUGGCUCCCCACCUGUGGAAUGCUCUCCCCAGGGAAGUUCGCCUGCCACCUUCAUUAUACCUCUUUAGGGUCCAGGCAAAAAAAAAUCCUCUUCAACCAGGCUUUGGGCUGACUUUUUAAAUGUGGGAGGGGUGAUUAUUGGUUUGCUUUUAUUCCUGUUUUUGUCUUAUUUGUGUUUUAUAUUGUAAUUUUAUGUUGUGAACUCCGCUAAGAUCUACAGAUAAAGGGCAGUACAGUGGAACCUCUGUUUACGAACACGAUCCAUUCCACGGAGGCGUUUGUAAAUGGAGGCACGCUUCUGCACGUGCGCUAAGCGCCGAUAGAGCGCUUCUGCACAUAUCGUGUCUGUGCAUCUGACGUUGCGCGAUGCCGCGGAACCUGGAUGUAAACACUUCUGGGUCCGCGGCGUUCAUAAAUUGAGGUAGGCGUAAACUGAGGUUCCACUGUAUACAAAUUUAUUAUUAUAAUAAUGAUGAUGAUGAUAAUAAUAAUAAUAUAUUAUAUAAAAGCUGAAUUAGAGCAAGGUUGCUUUUGAUUGAGGCCAUUUUAGGCCAGUGCUAGAGCUCCUAGCCUCAAGGAAUUCUUUAUACAAGGGGUUGGGAAAACUCUUCCUGCUAGAGGGCCACAUUGUCUUGCGAGGCAACUCUCUAGGGGCCGCAUGCCAGUGAAAAAAAUAGGUGGAGCAACUAGUGUUAAUUUAAACUUUGCAAAGAAGAGAUUGCUUCAGCACACGCUUGCUCAUCCUUCUCUAUCCAGGCAAGCAAGAAGCAUUAUUGGAGUUCAGGGACACAUUUUAGCCAGGCGAAAACACUAGAGGGUACAAAACAGGGAUGCUGAGGCCUGCGGAGAUUCCUGAGGGUCAGAUAGAGACCCAGAGAGCGGAUUUCAGCCUCUGAAUCCCAGGUCCGCCAACCCUGCUUUACACCACAGCAGACCAUAACCUAAGGCUGCAUGCUCAGGCCGACAGCAGGCAUGCAAGGUCUUCAACAGAGGCCUUUCCCUACUUUUAACAUCUUUUUAACUUGUCAACUGAGGACUGAACUUUACCAGAAAGCUACAGUCUCAUGUUUCUCUCAUCCUCUCAGGUUAACAUUUAUAUCGACUGGAUUUCCAGUGUGUUUUGACAUUAUCUAACAUGUUUUUAAAAAGGAAGUGCAGGAAAGCUUUUGCUACCUGUACGAAAACAUCCAGGGUUGUUGCCAAAGGUGCUAGCUGAAGAAUAGCUUUACAUCUGUCUUAAAGUGAGUAAUCCUUGCCUUAGUACGUACUGUAAUAUUCCCGGAAGCACUUAUCCUUUGCACUGAGUUGGCUGCUAACUUGUACUGCUCCUCGAACAACAGCUUCUGUGGCCUCUACCUUUUAUGUUGCUGAUGAAGAAAAUAUAUUGGUCGUUCUUAUCUGCACUGUCACGUACAUAGUACUGCUUCAUGUAAACUCCACAGGGGAUAAAAUAAAGGGAGAUCAUUGAGCAAGAGGGGAUCUGCGCAGUCUCUGUUUCUUUUUCCUGCUUUCCACUCUGCCAUCACUGAUAUUAGGAUAUUGUUUGCAAAAAGAGCUGGUGUGUAUGUGAUUGUGCGCCACUCGAUGGCUGGUAGCUGAAUGUGCGAGCUGACUAUCGAAAAGUAUUUGUAUUUGAGACAUUCAAGCAAAUAGAUCUGUAUAAAGAGACCAGAUUUCAGACAGUUGCCCAUCUUUUUUGUGUUUAUGGAAGCAGAGAUGUACCUACGGUAGGCUCCCUUGCACCCUUGGCAAGGUGCUGUAUCAGUGCCUCCAGAGCUGGGAGAAACCAUGGAUCAGAAACUCUAAAAGUUUGCUUUUGUCGCCUUUCGUGCUCCGCCAGUGACUUCCUUCCCGGUCAUUGGGGUCUGCUCUCCUCCUCCAUUGGUCCGUCCGUCUGCCUGCCUGCCUUCCUCAGCUCGCUGCUUUCCCUUCUGCCUCCUUCCCUUCCUUUUUCCUCCUCCUGCAACUCUCACCUGCUCCCUCUGUCUUACUUCCCUCUCCAGGAACCUGCAUGCACCACCCAGUCGCCUGGAGCAGCCUUGGGAGCAUACAGGCUCCUAGCCACUCCAAGCCCAAGUGGAGAAGCACAAUUUUUCUGCCCCACUGAGCCUGCACCCUUGGUGGGGGUCAACCUGGCCAACCUCUGGGUGGACCCCUGUAUAGAAGGUCAACUCCUCGUGUGCUGCCAGUUGAGUCAAGUCCUCUGCCCACUGUACAAUUGGGGAAGGAGGUGGGAAGAGACUUUGCCUUCCAGUGUUGAAGUGUUUAGCCACCCUUCAGCUCUCAGUAAAUCUCAAGGGGGUACUCAAAACCAUAUUUAUGCAGCUGAUGACCUUUGACUCAAGCACAGGGCUCUGUCUUCUACAGUUUUGCAGCUUUAAUGUUGUUGUUGUUGUUUAGUCGUUUAGUCGUGUCCGACUCUUCAUGACCCCAUGGACCAGAGCACGCCAGGCACUCCUGUCUUCCACUGCCUCCCACAGUUUGGUCAAACUCAUGUUCGUAGCUUCGAGAACACUGUCCAACCAUCUCAUUCUCUGUCGUCCCCUUCUCCUAGUGCCCUCAAUCUUUCCCAACAUCAGGGUCUUUUCCAAGGAUUCUUCUCUUCUCAUGAGGUGGCUAAAAUAUUGGAGCCUCAGCUUCAGGAUCUGUCCUUCCAGUGAGCACUCAGGGCUGAUUUCCUUCAGAAUGGAUAGGUUUGAUCUUCUUGCAGUCCAUGGGACACUCAAGAGUCUCCUCCAGCACCAUAAUUCAAAAGCAUCAAUUCUUCGGCGAUCAGCCUUCUUUAUGGUCCAGCUCUCACUUCCAUACAUCACUACUGUAAUACACACCUGUAAUAUAUACAACAUCCUGGUAACCUCCAUAUGCACUGACUGGAUGGAAGUUGCAGUCCAUGAAAUUUUAUUUCUGCUCUUUUUCUCAAUGCCUGGCUCUUUCCAGAUUGCAUUCAUUCUCUGGUCUGGUAUAGUGCUUCUCGUUUAUCUUUUAUCUGUUGACCAUGUUUAAGAGAUUUGGAAUGUCCCACAGACUCGCAGACUCCUGAGCACACCCAGAUUCCUUUCUUUUUUAAAAAAGUUUUUAACUCGAGUGUAGACAUUAUGCUACAACGUGUUUCAGUACUAAGCUGGUCAGGAGGCCUAUCGGAGUUGACUCGCACACGCUUCUCAACGUUUUGGAUCUUUGCAGGUAUUAUUCCUAAAGAUGUGAAGACCCUUGGAAGAGAGAAUGGGGGGGGGGGGUUGCAAGGCAAAUCUUCUAUCUCACUUUUACAAUUAAUUACUCAUGAGUCGGUUUGAAGAAAGAAUCCAAAAAGUUUAUUUUCUGCAGAAAAGUUACAGUGGGAUAUCUCCACAAAGGCUGAAACACACCCCAAAAUGCCCUUGGGUGUGUUAUUUAUGGCUUUCUUACACAAAGCAUCACAACAUUUCCUCCAAUCAUAUGCAUUCUCAAAACCUCAUUCAGUGUUGUUUGUUGUUGUUGUUUAGUUGUUUAAUCAUGUCCAACUCUUCAUGACCCUAUGGACCAGAGCACGCCAGGCACUCCUGUCUUCCACUGCCUCCCGCAGUUUGGUCAAACUCAUGUUCGUAGCUUUGAGAACACUGUCCAACCAUCUCGUCCUCUGUCGUUCCCUUCUCCUUGUGCCCUCAAUCUUUCCCAACAUCAGGGUCUUUUCCAGGGAGUCUUCUCUUCUCAUGAGGUGGCUAAAAUAUUGGAGCCUCAGCUUCAGGAUCUGUCCUUCCAGUGAGCACUCAGGGCUGAUUU